AUUUGGUUGAACAAGGUAAAACUGAAAAACACUUUAAAUUUUAAUUUUAUUGGCGGACCUACUGAAAUCUAAGCUAUUAGGUACAUCUUAGACAACAUGAAAACCCAUACAUACUGGAUAAGUCUGAGGCCCUCUGUUGUAGGGUAGUGGCCCCAUAGAGGAAAAAUGUAAUUUGUUUCCCAAUACAGCACCAUCAGCUAGCCAAUGAUGACCUAUCGGUGGGUUGCUUAACUGUCCCAAUUGUCCACCCUUUGUGUCAAACUCCUAUAAACAGUAUACCAUGCCUUCUUACCUUCGAUCCCAAUGCUCAUAGAAGGUUUUUCAACAAAUUUUACAGGAGGUGUACUGACAAAUGGGAUCAUACUUGGCUUCCAAACACUCCACCACUGCCAACCAACCUUCAGAUGUGCUCCUCACUUCCAAUUCCUUUUUGAACAGUAAAAAAAUGAGUUGUGGGCCUUGUGGCAAACUUGGGUAUCACACCAGGUUGCUCGCCGCGAGAGUCCUACUAGUUUCCGUACUAACACACUAGAGGGGAAUCUAGAUCCGACACGUAACUCAUGCGCAAGGGAAUGGACGUGUCGCAACAAGUAUGCGUAUCCCUGACUGCAAACCAAAAUAAUGAAAUUUCAAGUAUCAAAUAGAUGUUAAAAAAAAAAAAAAAAAAAAAAUGUAUAUCGAAUUUACAAGUUACAAAAGAUUAUUGGCUGUCCGACGGUGAAAGUAAUUAUUGUCUUAUAUUGUAUAGAUCUUUCUCAAUAACAAAUGCAUACACUUUCUUUAUAAGAAUAAGUAUUGAUUAUCUGUCACGUCACAUGUAAAUAUUAGAAUGUAAUUUUGGUUUGAAGAUGGAAUACGGAUUCUGGUUUGCAGGACAGAUUUUCUUAGAAUACUAUCGAAGGCUCUAAACAUUUUAACUUUCUUUUUUAUUGUGAAAAAACAUUUUUUCUUUCUCAUAUCAGAAAAAACAGAAAUAAUAACCCAGCAUCAUUGGGCAUUCUUUGGAUAAACGCAAAAAGAAAUAGUAGGAACAAUUGUAAGAAGGCAAAGGAAAAACGAGAUUUUCAGCACCAUUCAAGACGAAGGGGGAAAGCCCACUCACCUCUCUCUCUCUCUCUCUCUCUCUCUCUCUCUCUCUCUCUCAUUGUUUAUCUUCUUCUCUGUUGAGAUCAGAUCCCUACCAUCUUAAGGAGAAAAAAACAGAGGAAUCCUAAGAAUAUGAGUAGCAGCACGUAAUCAACGAAGACGAAGAAAUUAGUAGAGCCGUGGUUCCUCUUCUUUCGAUUCUCGUUGGAUUCCAGUUUCGCCAUUAAUUAAUCCUCGAAGGAUUUGAGAUAUCUAGGGUUCCAGGUGAAUGCCCAAACUUCCCAGAUCUAGGGUUCCUCUUUCCCUGUCCGGGAUCGUUGCCUCAAAUAUAUAUCUCGGUUCUCUUUCAUGACAGUGUACUGGUGGUUUUCUGAAACAUCUCAAAUGACCCAGAAGGUCAAAACUGUCAUCUUCCGUUCAUUUUAUUUGUUGGGUCCCACUUCAGAUUAAGAUAAUAUUGGAUUGGAUUAAGAUUACAAUCCAACACUAACUAAAAAAAAAAGAUUACCGCAAACCCCGUGAAAUCGAGAAAACUGAAGAGUCAACCUUUCUCCGCCAUAGCAGCUCAUGGUGCUCAUCUCAAGUUACCUCCUCAACGCACGCACUUCUUGUCUUCAUGUCUCAAACGCACGCACAGAAAACCUCACUAGCUUAGCACCUUUAGUGGUUGAGGAUCGACCCCAAGCAAUAUCGCUUCUUCAACAAGCUCGAUCAAAGCGAUACUCUGUCGAAGAGGCUAAGCAACUUCAUUCCUACAUUGUUAAAUCUGGUCCUUCGCCGAACAUCUACUAUCUCAAUUCACUUAUUCGUCUCUACGCUGCUAAUGGUGCUCUGGAUGAUGCACAGAAGUUGUUCGAUGGAGUUCCUCACCGAGAUGUGGUUUCUUGGACCACCUUGGUUGAUGGGUAUGCAAAACUGGGAAAGAUGGACGAUGCUAAAGAGCUAUUCAAUUCGAUGAGGGAGAGAAAUGUGGUGUCUUGGAACGUUAUGAUCACUGGGUAUGGGAAACAGGGGAAUCUUGAGGCUGCACGCGAGAUGUUUGAUAAAAUGCCCGAACACGAUAUUGCCUCUUGGAAUUCUUUGAUUUCUUCCUUUGCCCGAAAUGAUUUGCCUGAGGAGGCGUUUAAGAUAUUUCAGAAAGUUCUAACAGAGGCUUUAGUUAUGCCAAAUAAGGUGAGCUUUUUGAGCGUUCUUCCAGCAAUUGCCGAGUUGGGUUGUGCACUUCGGGGUAGAUGUGUUCAUUCCUUGAUUCUCCGAACAGGAAUUGAGUUGGAUGGUCUAUUAUCGUCAGCUCUUGUGGAUAUGUAUUGCAAGUGUGAUUGCUUGGAUCAUGCUUUUCAAGUGCUCAAAACAAACCAAUCUCGAGACAAUGUGGCUUCUUGGAAUCCGUUGUUGGCGGGGUUAGUCCGACAUAAAAGGUUUGAAGAGGCCUUGGAUAUUUUUCAAAUUUUGCAAUUGGAGAACGUCGAACCUGAUGUUGUUACUAUCAUCACUCUUAUUGCCACUGUUGCACAAUUGGGAACUCUUGGUCUUGGAAAAUGGCUUCAUGCUUAUGCAAUUAGAAAGAGAAUUAGAGUGAGUGCAACUCUUGCCUCUGCACUUGUAGAUAUGUACUCAAAAUGUGGGUGUGUAGAGCUUGCCCUACAGGUCUUUUCCAUGGCUGAAGAAAGAACCGUUGAGUUAUGGAAUGCCAUGAUUAAUGGGCUUGCUAUCCAUGGCCAGGGAAAGGAUGCCAUCGAAUUAUUUUCUCAGAUGCGAGCAGAAAAUUCAGAAUUUGAUGAGGUGACACUUGCGUCUAUCCUCAAUGCUUGCAGUCACUCAGGGCUAGUGGAUGAUGGUCUCAGCUUCUUUGCUGCCAUGAAAGAUAUAUAUAAAAUGACACCAAAAAUCCAACAUUAUGGAUGCAUUGUUGAUCUUCUGAGCCGCGUUGGACAGCUUGAAGAGGCAAAGACAUUUAUAUGCAGCAAAAUGCACAUGAAGCCUGAUGCUGUAUUAUGGAAAUCACUACUUGGGGCUUGUAAGACACAUGGUAAUGUCGAGAUUGGUGAAUUUGCAGCUCGCCAUUUAAUUGAGCUCUGCCCCGAUGAUAGUAGUGCUUAUGUGCUUUUGUCAAGCAUAUAUGAUUCAGCUGGUCGAUUGAAUGAUGCAGUUGCAAUGAGGAAGAUGAUGAGUGAUGGGGGAGUGAGCAAGGAACCUGGUUUCAGUUUGAUCGAGUCAGGGGGUGUUGUUCAUGUGUUCCUUGUGGGAGACAGAUCACAUCCAAGGUUAGAAGAGGUAAACACCAUGUUGUGUGAAAUGAGCGAGAAGUUCAGGUCAGUUGGCUAUGCACCUGAGAAGCAGCUGGUGCUGUUCGAUAUAGAUGAUCAGGAGAAGGAAUUUGCCAUCUCACAUCACAGUGAGAAGUUAGCCAUUGCAUUUGGUCUCUGCGACACUGCAAAAGGAACUCCACUUCAUAUAGUUAAGAAUCUUAGGAUGUGUAGUGACUGUCAUGUUUUCAUGAAACUGGCCUCUAAAAUCUAUGAUCGCGAGAUAAUUGUUAGAGAUAAUCGGCGGUUUCAUCAUUUUAAAACUGGAAAGUGUUCGUGCAUGGAUUAUUGGUGAUCAAUGGAAAUUGUACCAUUUUAGAACCUUAAAUUGCAUUAAUAUUUUUUCACUUU